UUGCCAGAGACUUAGAGACGAUGUAAAAGCAGCCUGCCAGUUCAGAUUAUUAAAUUAUAAUUUUUUUCAUUUCUUUUCUUUUUUUUAUUGUUUCUGCCCCGCUCUCUGUGACAGCGGCAGCACCCACUCUCACUGUGGACGUGGUCAGUUGGCGUGUCCCGUCUUGGAGUGACGGAUCGGCAGACCUAUGAUUCCCCCAGAAAGCGUUAGCUUUUUUUUUUUCUUUUUUUUUCUGCACUGGCCCAUUUUCUGACUAACUGUAACGUUAACUUUUUUUUUCCUACACUGUGACCUGUGUACACCUCCAACAGUAGAAGGGCAGACGACAGCCGGGUCUCAACAUGUCUGUGGCGGGUUUGAAGAAGCAGUUUUAUAAAGCCAGUCAGAUGGUUAGUGAGAAAGUUGGUGGCGCAGAAGGAACCAAACUAGAUGAUGACUUCAGAGACCUGGAACGGAAAGUUGAUGUGACCAGUAAAGCAGUAGCGGAGGUGAUCUCCAAAACAUCGGAGUACCUUCAGCCCAACCCAGCAUCACGGGCAAAACUGUCCAUGUUGAACACCAUGUCAAAGAUCCGUGGUCAGGUGAAGAAUCCAGGCUAUCCUCAGGCUGAAGGCCUGCUAGGAGAGUGCAUGGCCAAGUAUGGAAGGGAACUCGGAGAAGACACUAACUUUGGGGCUGCUCUAGUGGAUGUAGGAGAGGCCAUGAAGCGGUUAGCAGAAGUGAAGGACUCUCUAGACAUCGAUGUAAAACAGAACUUUAUUGAUCCAUUACAAAGUCUGUGUGACAAGGACCUUAGAGAGAUUCAGCAUCAUCUGAAGAAGCUUGAAGGCCGUCGGCUGGAUUACGACUACAAGAAGAAGCGUCAGGGCAAGAUUCCAGAUGAGGAAGUUCGACAGGCUCUGGAGAAGUUUCAUGAGUCAAAGGAAGUGGCUGAGACCAGCAUGUACAACCUGUUGGAGACUGAUAUAGAGCAGGUGAGCCAGCUUUCAUCUCUCGUUGAGUCUCAACUUCAGUAUCACAAACAAGCCGUCCAAGUGCUGGAGGAGCUCUCCGAUAAACUGCAAGAGAGGAUGACUGAAGCUCAGUCUCGGCCAAGACGAGAGUACAUACCUAAACCCAAACCUAUCUUUGACUUCGGAGAGAACAACCACUCCAAUGGAGGUUAUACAUCUUCAAUGGCACCACCUCCCUCCCGCAACUCAGAACAGUCCUUUCUCUCUGCAACAUUGUCCUUUCGGAAGCUAGGAUUGUCCCCAGAGCAGCCGAGCUGUAAGGCCCUGUACGACUUCGAGCCAGAGAAUGAGGGAGAGCUGGGCUUCCACGAAGGCGACAUCAUCAUCCUGACCAAUCAAAUUGAUGAAAACUGGUAUGAGGGCAUGAUAAAUGGCCAGUCGGGAUUCUUCCCUCUCAACUACGUGGAGGUCCUCGUUCCAUUGCCACACUAAAACAAACAAAAAUGCUAAGAGAAGUUGAGACGUGUGAACAGUGUGGUGAAGAAGACGAGUGAAGACAUGAGAUAGUCCACAAGGGUUUCAUUUUCACUUUGAGCUUCAUCGCCAUCACCAGGAGUGAGCACUUUUUGUAAACACAAGAUCCAGAUGUGAUAUCAAAGCAGAACACCAACGUUUUCCACAGAAAAGAAAAAAAGCAGCCAGACUAGGACUGAGACAAAACAUUUUUAUCGUGCAUCUGACAGUAAACAAGAAUUUUCUGGGGACUAACUGUUGACAAAAAGAUGAGUAAUAAAUUUUCAUCACAAAUAGGUGACAGAAAUGAUUUUAAGUUCCCUUAUAAUCAUAGGUGGAUUGACAGAUCCGACAACAGUCUCUGUGACUCAGGUAGGUGGUCAACCUAACAAUAGAGUAGCUUUGUAGCUCCAACUUCACACUGACUCUCAUGAGAACUUGACUGAAGAGUAUAAUUGCAAAACAGAAAAUAUUUGCGAUUCCGUCAGAGUAUUGCAGUGCAAGCCUUGACGCCACCUUCUGGCCUGACAGAAAAUUACUUCCACCUCCACUAAAUUGACAUUACCCAUAAAUAAAUAUUGUUGCAGUAGCUGUGUAACAAAAAGAAGCUUGUUGGCAAAUAAUCAUAUUUGGACUGUUUUAAAAAUUUGGCCUUACUUCAUUUUUUUUUGUUUUUGUUUAUUUGUUAAUUUCAAAUGGCUGUUCAGCAGCCAACAUAUUUAACAGUAGUUAUCUUUGUUUUCAGUGUUUCCGUUGUGAUGCCUUCACCAUUUUCAGGAAUCUGACUGGUUAACGUUGCGUGCGAGGAAAUGUAACUGCACCUUGGGCUUCAGAAGAGAUUAACAUAUUACAGACAUUCUCUAUCAUUUUACACAGACCCAAAGGUAAAUGCAGAGGUUGCACCUUUUUGUCAGUUUGUUUAAAUAAGGAGGCAGAGCCAAAAAGUGUAAAAAUGCAAUAGAAACAUUCAUUUUAAAUGGUUGUUCCGCCAAUAAUCCUAUAACACAGGCAUGUAUUUGUGUAGUUUUUGACCUUCUUAUUGAAGCAUGUUCAACAUUUUUUCCCCCUUUAUAAGGCCUUUUUGAGCCCUGUUCUUGGCACCACGUAACAUAAUACAGUGGCUGAAUAGAUGACGCUGCUGGCAGCGAGCUAGUCUUUUAUAUUCACCACUAACUGCUUUUUCUGUCUGUCCUCAUGUCUCAGAUAAUGUGAAUCCGAUCAUAGUCUGAACCUGUUAUUCUGUAAGUUGGACAUGAUAGAUGUGUUAUUGUCUCUGGCUGACUGUUCAAACAGGGCUGGCUUCUUGUUCUGAACCGUCCAGAUCCGCCGGUGAAGUCUUACCCAACAUUCACAGCUCGGUGUGUGAGAAUGAGAAAUAUUUAAAAGGGAAAACAUCCGAGAGAAUCGGCAUGGUUUUAAACCGCUGUCCGCCUGGAUGAAUUUAAGCCACAAAUUGUUGCCAAACGAUUUAUCUCUGAAUUGUAAAGGUUGUCUGUGGAGUUCUAAUUGUGUCAGUUCUGUGCUUUUUAAUCAUUUUCAGCGUUUUGUGUCUUAUUUCGUCCCUUUCAUCUCAAUUCAGCUGCCUGACUCUUCCGUCACUGUGUGUGGUCCUCAUCCAAUACGUUUACAUCUCUGACCAUGCUAUGUCUCAAUGUUUGUAUGUAGUUCAAGGCUAACAGACAUGAAAGGUGCUGUAAUGAUAACGUUAUUAGUCAAGAGUCCAGCAUGCAUGUGAUAGUGCCUUUGGAGAGCAAAAGGGGAACUAAGAGCAACCAAAUCUUACGCGUUUACUCAGAAGUUGUAAUGAAUUGUAUUGCUUUCGUUUCUACCCGUUGGCACUUUUAUGUGUGCAUGUAUGUGUGCACGUUUCUGCACACUGAUGACACUACAGGCAAUUUCCUGGACAUGUUCAGACUGAUCAAAUAUUUCAUCAGUAGAUCCAUGGAAACUGUUUUCUAUCUUUUUAAUAUAUUCAAAUCUUUGUUUUCUGUUUUAAGUCACUUAAUUUCUUAAAGGGCUAUGUAAUUGUUUAACCAGUCUUACAUCCUCCUUAAACUGCAAUAAAUGAAUCUAUAGUGUUAUUUUUUAUAUAAGAGACCUUAAAGCAUUUCAAAUAAUCAUUGCAUGUAGACCUAUAUUACACCUUGUAUGUACCCUAGAUUUAAUUUACUUUUUGUUACGCAUACAGAUUUUACCUGCAAUAUUUUUUUUAUCACAAUAUUUGUAUGUGCUUCCUUCUUAUUUCCUGUUUACCAACUUCUUACAGAAAAUAAAAGUCAAAAAAAGUAAA